AUGCGGUCCUUUCGCACAGCAUUGGCACAGGACGCUGAUUUCGCCGAUGGUAUCCCCGAAGCGACCGCCUGGCUCGGCUUCCCGACUCGUCGAAACCCCCUCUUCUUACCCCCCAAGGAUUCCGCCAAGACCGCCAACAGGCCCCUCUCCGACAUCGGCCUCAACAGCGCCAACAGCGGCGAUCAACUAGCAAGGCUGUGGGACGCGCAGGACUUCAUCCUACUCGAGAAACAACCCGCACCUUUGGUUAGAAAUGACGGCUUCGUAGAGUUCGGCGGCGGUUGCGGUAACAACGCCGCUCUCAAGUCCGGCAACAACGCGUUCGGUGACGGUAGUGGUCGUCGGCGAAGACCCAAUAUUCGGGAUCGCAUUCGAGCGAUGAACACCCAGCUCGCGGGCGCCCAGGGAACCAUCCAGGACCUCGAAGAAAAGUUGCGCUCUCUCGAGGCCGAGAGGGAAGAGGACAGGGAAAGGGCGACGCGGGUGAGGGGAGCGGCGCGAGAGGCCGGGCAGCGGAAGAUGACCCAGAGGAUGUACCGACUAAGGGGUGACGCGGCCGUCUUGGAGGAAGGGAUCGAGGAGCUCGACGGGGAGAUCACGUCCGUGCGAGUGCGGCUGUUCGCCGAGAGGCUGCCGUCGAAACAAGGGGGCAUCCUCCCGCAGCAACCGAACAGUUCGGCCGCAACCGGGACGAACGAAACCGAACGUCGAAGGGGACAACAAGAUACCAGCGCGGCGACGAUCCAGGCGCGUGUACGAGGCAUGCGAGCGAGGGCGUCGUUAGAAAGCGAGGGGGAGGCCAGAGCUAGCCGCGGCUCCGCGGGGGAAGAAGAGGCCGGCCGUCGUCUCGCUUGUCGCGGCGAUAUCGACGACGAGGAGGAAGCAGCGGCCGUCCGAAUCGAAUCGGCGGCGCGUGGACACCUUGCGCGGAAGAGAGCCGCAGAAGCAGUGGGGACGCAGGGCGAGAGUCGGCCGGCACCACCCGCCGCGUGCCGUUCUUCGGAUGACCCGGCGAAAAAUGAAGCGCAAGGGCGAAAUGAGAUGCUGGGACACGAUGAAACUGCAGCAGCAGUAGCACCAGCUCCAGCACCUCUCCCGCCCGAUAGUUUCGUUCAAGUGGAAGCCCUCGGCGCCGUCGGCGUGCGAGCGUUCUUUGACUACCUAGGACUCGGAGGUUGUGCAGAACGCCUUCGGGGUGGUGGUAGUGGUGGUGACGGGGCCAUAGACGGCACGCGGCUCGCAAAGAUAGCUCGAGCUUCAGAUCCAGAUGCGGAGCUGCUCGCCGCCGGUGUCUGCGCGCGCCUCCACAGAGUGAAGCUGCUGUCUGUCCUGGGCAUUGGCCACGGGGCGACGACGGCGUCUGAGGAAGUAGCAGGAGUCCUGGACAGGGGCGAGUUGGCAUCGGCAUCCUCGUCCGUUGGUGGCGUGCCCUGCGGUGAACGUUGUCGUGGUAGCGGCUGCUGCGGCGGCGGCGGCGGUGGUGCCUCCCCUGUUGCGGCGAUGGCUGCGCUGCACAUGGUGCGGCAACUUCGUCGGGAGCUGCUGCCUGUCACCGAGAGCACCGGGCCAACGGACUAUGGGCAUGGUGCUACAGAUCCGAGAGGAACGGGUGGCGGAGAGACAGAGAAUCUCGAAAACAGGACCGCGGCGAGAAGCGAGAGGGAGUCUCUUGUUUCGGGACUGAUUCGGGAGCUCGAGCAGGUUCUCUCUGAGCAACUUCGACUUUCCACUCAGGUGUGA